AUGACAACGUAAACAUCAAAGAAAUACGUCAAAACAUUCGGGAAUGAGUCUGUGCAAACGGGCAAUGUCAAAUACAAAGAUAGAAGUGUGUCUGAAAAGUAAAAUUGAAGUUGUUGCCCGUAUCAGAUAUUCUGCGUCAAAGACUAUGACUCGCGACGCAAAUUUCGCAAUCUCUUGUUUAUAAUCGCUUGCCAUAUUUGCUCCUCAUAAAAAAGUAUGAGUGAAGUAGACGCACACAUAACACGGCUGUAUCAAAUUGAAAAACGGCUGGGCCAGGGGGCCUACGGGAUUGUCUGGAAGGCACUGGAUAAGAAAACGAAGAAAACAGUUGCAGUGAAAAAGAUAUAUGAUGCCUUUCGGAAUAAGACUGAUGCACAGCGAACAUUCAGGGAGAUUAUGUUCCUUCAAGAAUUUGGUGAACACCCAAACGUCAUAAAACUACUUGGUAUUCAUAAAGCCAGGAACAACAGAGAUAUAUACCUCGUAUUUGAGUACAUGGAUACAGAUUUGCACAAUGUUAUCAAAAGAGGAAAUAUACUCAAAGAUGUUCACAAGAGAUACAUCAUGUACCAGUUGCUAAAAGCCACAAAGUACAUCCAUUCUGGCAAUGUCAUUCACAGAGAUCAGAAGCCAUCUAAUAUUCUUUUGGACUCUGAGUGUCACUGCAAAGUGGCUGAUUUUGGUCUGGCAAGGUCACUGUCACAGCUGGAUGAUGGUUCUGGAGAAGGAUUGAGCGAUCCACCUUUAACUGACUAUGUUGCUACCCGCUGGUACAGAGCACCAGAAAUACUGGUGGCAAGCAAAAGAUACACACAUGGUAUAGACAUGUGGAGCUUGGGAUGCAUACUGGCUGAGAUGCUUUUGGGAAAACCUCUAUUUCCUGGAUCAUCGACAAUCAACCAGAUGGAAAGAAUUAUGAGUGCCUUACCAACACCAUCAAAAAGUGACUUGAAAUCAAUAUUUGCUGGUUAUGGCAGUUCACUUCUUCAGAAACCACCCCCAGGGCCACAUAAGAGCUUACGUGAAUUGUUGAGCAAUUCAUCCCCAGAUGCUGUAGAUCUUGUUUGCAGACUGGUAGUUUUCAAUCCAGAUAAAAGACUGACUGCAGAGCAGGCCCUUGAACAUCCUUAUGUAUUAAGGUUUCAUGACAAAGAUCGAGAACCGAAACUGAAACGUAAUGUUCUACUACCUCUCCGUGAUGAUGUGAAACUUUCUGUGGAUGACUACAGGCGCAAAUUGUAUGAAUUAAUGGAUAGAAGGAAACAUCACGAUAGGCCCAGGCCAUUAUUAUGUCAGUGCUAUUCUGCUCCUGGCAUUCUGCAGCGGCCUCUGGUGACUAAUUAUGGUGGGACACUGGGCUUCCGAUAUAAUGGGCAUAACAGUGCAGUUGGCACUAUAUCAGCAACAACUUUGCCAGCAACAUCACAUAAAAUCCCCAGAGCUGUUGACCAUCUACAGAGAAAUACAGAAAUUCACCAGAGAAGACGCAGCUCAGAAUUAAAUGGCCUCCUACAAAAAACACCUGUAAGACCUGUAGGCCCUGCACAUGUCCCAGAGGACACUAGAAUGGGAAUCUCAAACAAUCACUGCAUCCAGACUGUGGGCUUGGUACCCAUCUCAAACUCAAAGAUACAUGUUUCCCUUCAGAGAAAGGUCCAACACAAAGUGCAACAGAAGACAAUACAACAUGAGCAUUAAACUGUAACACUGUACCAGAAGUCAUGUCACUUCAGUGGUAUGGUCACCAGAGAAGUAACUCAGAUGAUGUGUUCUUAGUUGUAGCAGCAUCUGUGUGUGUCAUUUUGACAGCAAGCUUUGCUAUAAUGUGUGGCUUUCCAAUUUGUAAUUAUUUAGUUCUAUUUGUUAAAAUCAGUGGUCUUUUUGAAGGAAAUUUUACAGUGAAAAAGUACUGAAAUGCUGUUUCUACUGUAGCUUUUCAGAUAUUCUGACAAAUAACUGUGAAAUUAGGAAGUCAUAUGUCUAAUGAUGAACUGUCCGAAGAAUAUUUUUAAUUUCUCCCAAAACUGUUUCUUGUUGACUUUGACAUAUAAAUUCCUAGAAAAAUUAGUACAAGCUUCCUAUAUUUUAGAAUCUAAUUUAUUUUAUAGCAUUUACAGUUUGGAGUGAGUAGUGUUUUCAUUAUUGCAUUAAGAGAUUUUGAUAUAUAUCAUUUUAUUGUAUUUUUUCUGAUCUCUUUUGAUGUCACCUUUGAUCAUUUCUAUCUUUUUCAUAAUUUGUAAAUGAUGAGAAUUGUAUGUAGCUCAUGUUUCACAUUCCCUAUGCAUCUUUGUCCAAUCAUAAAGAAGUACAAACUGAUUAUCAGUGGAGUACAUCUGAUAAUAUGGAUUUUUACCACUGUUCUCAUCACACUCAUUCAGUUCAGUUCUUGUGAACAUUAUAUGGAAAUAUUGUUGCUUCCUGAU